GGGGUCCUCUGUCUUUGCUUCUUAUACAUAUAUGAAAUCAUAGAUAGGCAUUGAAAUUCAAAGACCCAGAUUAACAAUGAGUAAAAUUGCUCUUCUUUUGGUUCUUCUGGUAGUGCUUCGAUCUGUAGAGGUUGAAGUAUAUGCUGCUUCUGUGGUCAAAUAUCUCCCAGGCUUCCGAGGACGACCACUGCCCUUUCAUCUGGAAACUGGGUACAUAGGAGUGGGUGAAUCCGAAAAUGUCCAGCUGUUCUACUACUUUGUCAAGUCAGAGAGGAAUCCAAAGGAAGACCCUCUCUUGAUUUGGCUCACAGGUGGCCCUGGAUGUUCUUCCUGGUCUGGUUUCGCCUAUGAAAUAGGUCCAAUAAAUUAUAAGAUUGAACCAUACAAUGGAAGCCUACCCACAUUGGUUUUAAAUCCGUACUCCUGGAGCAAGAUAUCAAAUAUAAUAUUUGUGGAUUCUCCGGUUAAGGCCGGAUUUUCCUAUUCAAAAACUUCGUUAGCUUAUCAAAUUGGAGAUUUCAUUCAAGUGGACCAUCUGGUUGAAUUCUUCAAAAAGUGGCUGGUUAAUCAUCGAGAAUUCAAAUCAAAUUCAUUAUUCGUUGUAGGGGAUUCCUACUCUGGCAAGAUUGUCCCUCUCUUGACCCAACAAAUCUCUAAUGGUAUUGUGGAGGGCACCCUACGACCUAUAGAUCUUAAGGGAUACAUACUAGGGAAUCCAGUGACAGAUCCAUCAAGUGACAAUUACAGAAUCCCCUUUGCUCGUGGAAUGUCACUUAUUUCUUACGAACUCUACAAGUCUUUAGAGAAAAGUUGCGGAGGAGAGUAUAGGGACAUAGAUCCCAGCAAUUCCAAGUGUCUCAAAGCUUUUCAAACUUAUGAAGAGUGCACUUCAGGAAUUUUUAUGAAACAGAUUUUGGAGCCCAACUGCAACAAAUCUUUUACAAAACCACAAAAUAAUAAUAAAAUUAGAAGUGAAAGGAGAAGAUGGUUGCAUUCUGAUACGCCAAUUCCUGAGUUCGGUUGUCGAGAAUAUGAUUAUUUGCUUGCCAGUUAUUGGGCCAAUGACAAUAGUGUUCGCCAAGCCCUUCAUAUCCAUAAGGCAAGUAUAGGAGAAUGGAAUCGAUGCAAUGCCUACAUAAGAAACCAUUACACAUAUGAUGUUUAUAGUGCUGUUAUGUAUCAUCAAAAUUUGAGUAUUAGAGGCUACCGAUCUUUAAUAUACAGUGGAGAUCAUGACAUGGUAAUUCCAUCCAUGUCAACUGAAGCAUGGAUAAGGUCUUUAAAUUACUCCAUUGUACAAGAUUGGAGGCCAUGGAUUGUUGAAGGUGAAGUUGCAGGAUACACAAUGAGUUACUCCAACAAGAUGACAUAUGCAACUGUCAAGGGAGCAGGGCAUACAGCUCCUCAGUACAAACCUAAAGAAUGUUUCAGUAUGUUUGAAAGGUGGAUCAAUUAUGAAACACUAUAAUGCAUUUAGCUUAACAAUUGUAUUAAGUAUUUUAAUUAAAAGGUACCAUGCUCAUUAAUUAUAGUUUAUGAUAAAAGGUUGUAUGAAAAACUUAUUGUGUAUUUUCGGUCCUUUUCUAAAUAAUAAAAGAUGAUGGAUAUUUUAGA